UAGUUUUAUGAUCUUUGUUUACCAAUCAUAAUAUAUAAUAUUAGUAUAAAAACUAUGACAAAAAAGGAGCAUAGUAAUUUAAAUGCAUGGAAACCGUUAAAAUUGGAAGGUUCUCUACUUUUGACUGAUGUCGAUGGUUUAAUUGGUAUUGAAGAAUUAACUGAUUACCAAUUGCAAACGGAAAAUAACACAACGGAAAUUUUAAUUUGUGAUGGAGAAAAAAAUAGCGAAAAAACUAAGGCACUUUCGAAGCGUAAAAGUUCCAGCAAAUGGAAAGAAAGUGAUAUUACUGAGCCAUUAUUGAAAAAGGCAAAUAUAAAAAAAUGUAAUGAAAAGAACUCUAAAGUAACAUGUAAGGAGAAAGUACAAACAAAUUUGUCCUCUAAAAAUAAUUUAGAUAUUAAUUCUAAUAAUAAAAACCAGCAACAUGAUGAAAGUAAUGUAUAUGACAUUUAUGAUCAACAAUGGAGUGCCUUAGGUGUACCCACACCUAUAAUAAAAGCAUUAAGAGACCAACAGUUUCAUCAACCUACUCCUAUUCAAGCAUUAACUUUACCACCAGCAAUACUAGGUCGUAGAGAUAUCCUAGGUGCAGCUGAAACAGGUAGUGGGAAAACAUUAUCAUUUGGAAUUCCAAUUAUAAAUGGUAUUUUGGAACUAAAAAAUAAGCAAUCUAAUGUUAAAUCUGUGAAAGAAACAAAUAAAACUGUUGUAAACAAAGGUUGGAUUUGUUCAGAAAAUAAAGCAGUAGAUAAUGAUAACAGCUCAUCUGAAUCUGAUUAUGAAGAAGACAAUGACAAUGUUAAUGAAGAAAGUAUAGGUUGUAUACGUAUAAUUAAUAACAUAAAAAUCAAUGAAACAGAGCAUUAUACACAGAAGCCACUAUUUGCUCUAAUAUUAACACCAACUCGUGAAUUAGCUAUUCAGAUUAAAGAUCAUCUGAUUAAAGCAGCAAAAUAUACUGAUAUUAAAACAGCUGUGGUGUUAGGAGGAAUGGCUGCUGUCAAGCAAGAAAGAAUAUUAAGUAAAGGUCCUGAAAUUGUAAUUGCUACACCAGGUAGAUUAUGGGAGUUGAUACAGCAAGGUAAUCCACAUCUUAAUCAUAUAUUGUAAUGUAAAAGGUAUUUAGCUAUUGAUGAGACAGAUAGAAUGUUAGAGAAAGGACAUUUCCAGGAACUGCAACAAUUGUUGGAAAAAAUAAAUACGAAUACAAAAAUGGUAGAAGAAAGGCAAACAUUUGUAUUUUCUGCUACAUUGACUAUGGUGCACGACAUUCCAGAGUAUUUACAAAAGAAAAGAAAGAAGCAUGUUAAAAGCAAGAUAAAAAGGCUUACACCUGGUCAAAAGUUACAGAAAAUUAUGGACUUGGUGGGAAUAAAAAAUCCAAAAAUUGUUGAUGUUACAAAGGAAUCAGGUACCGCCAGUAAUUUAACGGAAUGUAGAAUAGCAUGUACAAUAGAUCACAAAGACUAUUAUCUUUAUUACUUUUUAAAAAGGCACACUGGUAGGACAUUGGUAUUUUGUAAUAGUAUCGGAUGCGUAAAACGCUUAGCUACUCUUUUUGGAAUACUCGAUUGCAAACCUUUACCGUUACAUGCUAGUAUGCAACAAAGACAACGGUUAAAAAAUCUUGAAAGGUUUCAGGCGGACGAUGAUGGAUUAUUAAUAGCUACAGAUGUAGCUGCAAGAGGUUUGGAUAUUCCCAAUGUUGAGCAUGUGAUACAUUAUCAAGUUCCCAGAACAAGUGAGAGUUACGUACACCGAAGUGGAAGAACAGCAAGAGCGCAAAAGGAAGGCAUAACAGUUCUUAUGAUGGAACCAUCUGAGAAACACUACUAUAGUAAAUUAUGUAAAACACUUGGUCGCACCGAAGAUUUACCUGAUUUUCCUGUAGUAGAUAGACUAUUAAUGACAGUUAAGGAAAGAAUUAAUAUUGCCCGCGAAAUUGAUAAAUUGGAAUUGAAAUGCCGUAGGGAUAAAUCCCAGAAGGGUUGGAUACGUAAAGCAGUCGAAGAUAUGGAUUUGGUUCUUGACGAGGAUGAAGAAGAUGAAGCAAUGGAAACAAAAGAAACAGCAGACUUAAAGCAUCAUUUAAAAAUAAAGAAACGUCAAUUGGCAUCCCUUAUGUCAAAACCGCUAUUUCCAAAAGGAUUUUCUGGAAAGUAUCCUGAUAUUAAUAUGGAUGUUGAGUUUAAAGAAGAUAACCAGAAAGCUGUUGAUAUAAUGAAAAAAAAUAUUUUACUCAAUUCGUAA